AUGGCAUUAUCUAUAGUUAAUAUACAGAUUUCUGCUUUAUCUCGAGAUAAAGGGCAAAUUAGCAGAAUCAAAAAGCUCAAAAGAAGAAUUUCAGCCAGUUUUGGUCGUUUGACCAUCAGUAAAGAAGACACUAUUCAUGAGAGCGACCAUGAGAGCGACAGUUGUCCCAGCUCAAAUGGUUGCAGCUCAUCAAACCACUUGUCCUCCUCUGCUCAGAAUGUACCUUUACUCAAUGGGGACCAUUCAAAAAAUGAUAUCUGCUCAGUUCGUAAAGAAGCCACUUUACCCAGAUUGUCAGGUUAUCCUGUUGUUCCCAGGACAACUGCCAAAAAGUGGACACCAGUAAAGAGACACCAUUCUGCAGGAGACAUGUUGGUUACUGAGAUAGAUUCAUCUAAUGAUCUUGAUAAGAUCGAACGUCCUAAAUCAGAAGGGCAUGCCUACACACGACAGUUUUCACCAAAGAGGACAUCUAGUUAUGGGGGACAGUCACCAUUUGGAAAGGCCAUUUCUUACACAAAGCUUGAAAGAUUAGGUGAAGGCUCAUAUGCAACAGUUUUCAAAGGAGUCAGUUGCCUAACAAAUCAGGUUGUAGCAUUGAAGGAGAUCAGGUUACAGCAAGAAGAAGGAACUCCAUUCACAGCUAUAAGAGAAGCUUCUUUGCUGAAGAUUUUGAAACAUGCAAAUAUAGUCACUCUCCAUGACAUAAUACGUACAGAUGAAACGCUGACAUUUGUUUUUGAAUAUGUUCAUACAGACUUGAGCCAGUAUUUAGAAAAACACACUGGUGGACUAAAUGCUUUCAAUGUUAAAUUGUUUGCAUUUCAAUUGUUAAGAGGACUUGCUUAUUGUCACAGGAGGCAGAUAUUACACAGGGAUCUAAAACCUCAGAAUCUUUUAAUAAGUGAUGUGGGAGAGCUGAAACUUGCAGACUUUGGCCUUGCACGUGCCAAGUCUGUGCCUAGCCGAACUUAUUCACAUGAAGUAGUAACUCUCUGGUACCGGCCUCCAGAUGUCUUGCUAGGCUCAACAGAGUAUUCAACAUCCUUGGAUAUGUGGGGUGUUGGUUGUAUAUUCACAGAAAUGGUGUCUGGAGUUGCUACAUUUCCAGGAAUGAAAGAUACUUAUGAUCAAUUAGAUAAAAUCUUUUGGCUUCUGGGAACUCCGACUGAAGAUUCAUGGGAAGGUGUCUCAUCCUUUCCUAACUAUGAUAUAAAUAAAUUUCACAUAUACAAUCCACAACCCUUUACUACUUCAAUUCCCAAAUUAGGCUGCAUACCUAAUGCUCCGGAACUUUCCACACGUCUCCUUCAGAUGGAACCUAGUAAACGGAUAUGUGCAGAAGACGCUAUGAAACAUGAAUAUUUCUGGGAUCUCCCUCCAAAAGUUCAUGAUCUUCCUGAUGUGGCUUCAAUAUUUGACAUUCCUGGCCUGAAGCUUCUCCCAGAAAUGGACGAACUAGUCAAUGCAGCUCCAAAGAAACCUACUGCUUUGACUGCGAUUCUUUCAUUUAUUAGCAAUACUUAA